AUGAGAUUGCAGAAAGAGAUUGAGGAAACCACCCGGAGAACAAAAGCUGCUCUUGAGAAGAUUAGCAAGGAACAACCGUCAGAUUUCAAUUCUAGAUCAAAGGAGAGGAUAGUUAGCCCACCUUUCGAUCCAGUUCAACCAAUAAAGUUCAAGCGCACUGGAUCCCCACCUUUGCCGGUUAUGCAUUCCCCUCCUCGUCCGCUAACCGUGAAAGAUUACCAAGACUACAAAAUCCCGCCAUGUGUAUCAAAUUGGAAGAAUCCAAAAGGUUAUACAAUUCCACUGGAUAAACGUUUGGCUGCAGAUGGUAGAGGUCUUCAAGAAGUUCCGAUUAAUGAUAAUUUUGCUAAGCUUACAGAAGCGUUGUGUGUUGCAGAGCAGAAGGCUAGAGAAUCAGUGGAUAUGAGAGCAAAGGUUCAGAAGGAAAUGUUGUUAAAGGAACAGCAACGGAAGGAACAGGCCUUGGCGUCUGAAAGGGCUGGUGGUGCCACUCCACCACCUUCUCCUUCAUCUGUUUGUAUGACUAGUACUUCUGACGGGAUCACGAGUGAUGGUGGUGAUCUGGAUACGAGAGGAGAUUAUGAAAAGGUGAAGGAAAAAGAUAGGGAGUUACCAAGGGAGAGUAGGGAAGAGAGAAGGGGAGAAAGGAAAGCGAGACAAGCUAGUAAACCACUAGCGCUGAUAUUAUUGGAACCAGGUGUAGCAGCAACAACAAAGAUACAAGCAGCAUCCGCACCAACAAGAAAGAUAAGUAACAGUACCAGCAUUAGUAGCAUAGCGAAGCCAGGUUGCGGAGAUAGGUCCGGGAAUUAA